AUAAUUCAAUUAUGCAUGUUCAAUAUAGUUAUUUAUUUAAGGAAUAUUUCAUACAGUGUACAACUAUCUGCUGACUUUUUUUUAGUUUUAUGGAGUGUUUAUGGUGAAUGUGAAAAUAUAUCAGUUAUGACAGGCCAUACAGGAGCAGUCACUGAAUUACAUUUCACAACAGAUGGAUCAAAUAUCUUCACUUCUAGUACUGAUCACACGUUAGGUUUAUGGGAUAUAGUAACAUCACAGAGAAUCAAAAAGUACAAGGGGCAUACCACCUUUGUAAACUGUGUUCAAGGUGCUAGAAGAGGGCCCCAAUUAUUAUGUUCAGGGAGUGAUGACAGUACCUUGCGAAUCUGGGAUAUUAGGAAGAAACAGAGUGUUGCUACACUAAAUACAGUUUACCAAACAACAGCUGUGAGUUUUAAUGACACAGCUGAACAGAUUUUCAGUGGAGGAAUCGAUAAUGAUAUCAAGGUGUGGGAUGUCCGAACGAAAGAAAUCCUUUAUUCAUUACGGGGACACACUGAUACAAUUACAGGCCUUUCGUUAAGUUCUGAUGGUUCUUAUCUUUUGAGCAAUUCAAUGGACAACACACUAAGAAUAUGGGAUGUAAGAGCCUUUGCACCUGCUGAAAGGUGUGUGAAAAUUUUCAAUGGACAUCAACAUAAUUUUGAGAAAAACUUGUUACGAUGUGCAUGGUCUUCUGAUGGAACCAAAGUUUCUGCGGGUUCAGCAGACAGAUUCGUUUAUAUUUGGGAUACCACAUCUAGAAGGAUAAUUUAUAAACUUCCCGGGCAUAAUGGUAGUGUUAACGAUAUUAAAUUCCAUCCUGAAGAGCCUAUAAUUUUGUCCGGUGCAAGUGAUAAACAAUUAUAUUUAGGAGAAAUUGAUUGAAUUUCGUGUAGGUUAUAAGUCUAAUAAAUAUUUCAAAGUCGAAUGAUUGA